AUGUCCGACGAGGCUGUCACUGCACCAGAGGUUGAGAAAGUUGCCGAGGAGGAGCCGGCAAAGGAGCUCGAAGAGAAGGUCGGCGAGACGGCGCCCGAGGACGCUGCCGAGGCUGAGGCUGAAGCUGAGGCUGAAGCUGAAGCUGAAGUUGAGGCUGAAGGUGGUGAGGAAGAGGAGAACGCUGAAUCGCCUGAAAGAAGCGAUGAGGGAAAUGAGGAAGAAGAGGGAGGAGAUGAAGAAAAAGAAGAAGAGCAAGCAGGAGUUGAAGGAGGAGAUGGAGAAGAGGAAGCCGUGAAAGACCAAGAGAAUGGAGAGAAAGUCGAUACGAAUGGAAAUGAUCGCAAGCGCGCCGAGGGUGACGUCGCGGACGAGGAUGAGGCGCCGGCGAAGAAGAAAAAAGUUGAUGAGGACGAAGAGCCGACCGCGGUCGUCGAGGCCACCGACGCU